AUUAAUUAAUAAUGAUAAUUAAUUUUACUAUGGUAUUGUCUGUCGAGCGUGGCAGCAUAACAAGAGAUAACGGAACGUAUAAAACUAAUAAAUUUUCAUAUCGUGAUUUCAAUUACUCCUCUCAGUUGAAGUACUGCUUUUCAUUAUACUCGGUUUCUGGUUUUUAAGGACUAAAUAAAAAUGAAAGUCUCAUUUUUAUUGAUCUUCUCCAUUGGAGUUAUUCUGUAUACUGAUGCUGUUCAAUACAGAAGAAACCCUUGUUAUGCUGUACGGUCAUUAACUUCUGACGAUAUAACUAGAGUCCGAGAUACCUGGGGAAGGAUCAAUCUGAAACCAGUCGAUCUUGGCUUGAACAUAAUCAUACGAUUUUACGAAGAUUAUCCACAGCUCAAGCAGUGCUUCGAUAGAUUUAGAGAUAUACCAAACGAUCGCUUGAAAUAUAACAAGAAUUUUAGAGAUUUAGCGCUUAGGUACUACAACGGAUACGAUAACAUGGUCCGUGCAUUGGAAGACACAUCGUCAGUUGAAAAUUACUUUGUUGAUCUCGGACGUUACUAUGCACAACAGGGAGCAUCUAAAGACUCUAUUGUCGACUUGAGACAAUCCUUCUUCAAGACUAUGCAAGCUCUUCUAGGCAACAACUUUAGUACAGCAGAUUAUCAAUCCUGGAAUAAAGUAUAUGACAUAAUAUUGUGUUACAUGUUUGAGGGUUAUCCAAAUUAAUUCAGCCCGUGAUCGCGAGAUCGAUUCUUCGGAAAAAAAUUACAUAUCCUCCAUACAAUGAAUAUUAAUACUUAUAAAUAAAUUAUUCAAGUGUACACAAAUGGUUUUGAAAUAACUUUAAAGAACGAAGAAUAAAGAUUUUUAUUUCCAAAAUAUA